AUGGCCGGCGUCGCAAGAAAACAAAAAGUUAUAACUCGUUUAACAACUUAUUAUUCUGAUUUAACUGAUAAUACAGCUGAUCGUAUUUACGAUAAAGCAAUGAACUUGUAUCAUGAAUCACCUCAAUCUCGGAUAGGUACACUCGUACACGUCUCCACUACAUCAACUGGCAAUGGAUCAUGGUGCUUUCCACUCAUAGGUUUUGCUUCGAAUGGUUCGCUCGUUGCUCAAAUCUAUAAUGGAGCAACAAUAUUAUCGGUCACUGCAUCCGUUAUUAUUCCUCUCUCAUCACCAUUCUGGACUCAUAUCGUACAAACGUGGAGUUCGACAAAUGGUCUUCGUCUCUACAUUGACAAUAUUCUAGUUGCUUCUCGAUCAUCAGCAACAGUAUUCGCUGCUAGUGGAAUGACACCCAAUUAUUUGACAUUAGCUAGUAGCCUUUCAGGAUCGGGAUCGUGCUGGGCAGGUGGAAUCGAUCUCGCCAGUUCGUUCACAGGUAGUGUCGAUGAUUUCAGAAUUUAUAGUUGA